GAAUCCAGACCGGGAUUUGCCGGACGCCGAAAUCACACACACACCUCCUCCUCCUCUACCUCUCUUUUGUUUGGAGAAGGAGGACCAUGCUCCCUCCAGACCCGGUUCAUCUCCAAUAACGGAACCUUUAUCGAUCUAUCGACCAUGAUAUCCGAGAUGGAGAUCGAGGAGGCGGAUGAACUAUCGUCCGGGUUCCCGCUCCACUGCGGCUGUAGAGACGCGGAGCUGGGCGCUCUUUGCGCGCUGGUCCACCGCACCGCCGACCCCUCAGACAUCGGCGCGCAGGACCCCUGCUGCGGGUGGACCCCCAUGCACUGGGCUGCGCGCUUUGGGAAGGGGCCGGUGGACGGCGGCCGGAAGCGGCUCCUGGACCAUUGGGAGAACAUGGUCAACAAGAAGGCCAGGACGGACACGUCACAAGACGACACCAGAGGCCUCUUCAGCGGCUUCCUGCGGCCCCCCUCCUGCGCCGGCCCCCCUGAGGUCCUCCUCCGGCCCCCCGACCCCCUCAAGACCACCGCCGAGCCGUCCAAUCAGAAGCACUGCGCCUCCUUCGCAUCGUCCAAUCAGGAGUCCCCGGGAGAGACUCGACACACCUCUGACAUGUGCGGCUCGCUGCAUCGCUCUGGGAGCCCCGCCCCCAUUGCCUAUGACCUGGGGGCGGUGACCUUUGACCUGGGCGAUCUCCUGCUCUACGGACAUCACCAUGGCUACGGGGACACGGCGGAGGACAUCGGGGGACGUCGCGGGUUCGAUUCCCUGCCCCGACUCUGAGGAGAUGAACUGGGUUAAGACGCUCCGAGGAAUACGCUGGUUCUUUCGCGCGUUUUUAAUCGGACGUGCUUGCACUAUUGAGGGGACGUCGGUUUUUUAAACGCCGACUUUAAGACGUGUUUGAAAAGUACCUGAGCGUCCUGUUGGAGUUUAAAGUACUUUAAAAGAACUUCAGUACUUAAAAGUCUUGUGCAGUUUCAAAUUACUUAAAAGGUUGCCUAAAGUCACUUACGUUUCUGGACGUCUUUGCUUCGGAUCUGAGGGGAACUUAAGAGAUUCCUCAACCAAAGAAAAACAUUUGUUAUUUGCUCGUUUUAAAUUCCAUGCGGUGCUAAAACAAUGUCAUUUUAUACUCGUCUUUUUCACUCAAAUGACAGUCUUUGUGUUACAAAUUGAUGCGCCCUAUUUGUUUUGUAAGUGAACUUUGUCACCUGGGAAUAAUUAAAUGUUCAUGUUCUGUCCUGUU